AUGAACGCCUCCUCUCGAGCGAUGAAAAGAUCCACGUCAGGGAUGCAGAGAGCCCUCCACAGUUCCCGAUAUACCGGGAGCUUCACGGGUUUCCAAAGUCGGAAAGGCUCCAGGAUGCUUUCGGAAAGCAGAAUGGGGAAAAGUGGCAUGAAUCGGAAGGCCAUCCGGGUGCUGGAUGAGGACGGCAACGACGUCACACCUCGCCCGCUGUUCGAAUCCGAGUCCAAGGACCCGCUGGCUAAACCGCAUAAAUUAUUUUUUGAAGAUUUCCAUUCCAGAUGGGACACUUCCAAAUCGUCCUCAUUCUUCAUGAUGCGCUCUUCCGGGUCGUGCAUGUGGAGCAGCAGUCUCCCCAGCCUGUCCACCAGAACUUCGCAAAGCGGCAUGGGAUUUUUCAAGUUAGACACCAGCCAGUGUGGUAUCAACUCAAAAUUUGAUGACAUCCUGAGAAGAAACGGAGCGAGAUGAAUGACGGUUUUUGCCGUCUUUACAGAUUCAUCGCGAAAAUCCAGCGUAGCCGGUCAACAUGCGGCGGACGACUUUGCUUCGGAUGAGCUGCUGAACAUCUACUUAUCGGAGACGGACACCAUCACACUUCUGGAUAUGCCCAGCACUUGUAUGUCGGAGGAGGCUGAAAACGCACAAGCUGUUAAGGAGAGCAACAACAUCUAUCUUGAACUAUGCCAAAACAGACUGGGCAACGACAAGUAUGUGGAGCGAGCCAUGCAAACGUUCGUCGGCGCGGCGAAACACAAAAAAGUCCAGAGCGACAAGAUUUUGAUGCACGAUCAAGGUACACAAGCCACCAUCUGGGAUAUUCACGACUCAUUCCAACCCGAAGUACCGAAAGAAGAGAAAGCCGCGGACUGCAUGGUAGAGUUCGACCAAGGACCGAAGAGGACGAGCAGCUCCAGCAGCAUCAGCACAAUUGGCACCGCCAGUACCGGUAGCUCCCUGUUUGCCUUCAAGAUGCAAGGGGGCGAUCUAAAGGACGAGCCAGAACUCCAACAGAUCUUUAAGUCGGAUAUGUUCCAAAGCAAUUUGGUCAUCAUGGAACGCUGCCUCGUCGCCAACAUCUUUCAACCUCAGUUGGCCACUUACAGAAAGCUCCCUGAGAUAAAAGUACCUCCCCCCGUAAUGGAGCCUGAACCUGUAGUUCUGGUGGAGGAGGAGCGGGAGGAUGAGGAAGAAGAUGAGGAGCAGGCAGUGGUAGUGGAGCCAGUGACAGAGGUAAAGCAGGAGAAACAGGUGACUGAAAAGGAAAUCAAAGAGGAAAAAGAGGAGGAAGAAGAGAAGGUAGAGGAGGAAGUGUUGGAAGAAGAAGCACCAAAUCCAUUUCUGGAGCUUCUCUGGAUGUUUAGUUGUGAGCUCACCAAAGGACGGAACAUCACCUGCAUGGCUUGGAACAAGCAGAACACAGAUCUGCUGGCUGUGGGCUACGGUGACUUCAAACCUGGAAAAACAGGCCUAAUCUGCUGCUGGUCCAUAAAAAACCUGAGUUGGCCGGAGCGUAUUUAUAACUGUCACAGCGGCAUUACAUCGCUGGAUUUCUCCUCCACCAAACCUGACAAGCUGGCCGUAGGGAUGUACGAUGGCACGGUCGCCAUCUUCAGCGUACGCAAUCGAGAGAAUCGUACGUUCCUCACCAGCAGCAUAGACUGCAAAAAGAGGCACGUCCAUCCCGUGUGGCACAUAACCUGGGCUAAGCAAGAGAUGAGCAUAUCUGACGAGGACACAGUGGAAUCCGUCGUGUCCAUAUCGGAGGACGGCCGUGUCCUCAAGUGGCUCCUUUGCAGCCAUGGACUAGACGGUUUAGACAUGUUGGAGCUGAGGAGAAUUCAAGAUGGCAUCAAGAAGGCUGAAGGCAACAAAACCAGGAAAGAAGGUAUUCUGGUUUCCACCGCAACACCUGGUCUUUGUUUGGAUUUUCAGCCUAGAGAUCCCACAAUCUACCUGGCUGGCACGUCAGAAGGUGUGGUCCACAAGUGCUCUGUGUCCAACCAUCAUCAUUACCUGGCCCUUUAUCAGAAACAUCUUUGUCCCGUCAACCGAGUGCAAUGGUCGCCGUUCAGCAACGAUGUGUUCCUGAGCUGCUCCGCCGACUGGACCAUCCAACUUUGGAAGGAGGACUGCUUGACCCCAGCGAUAGGUUUUACGUCCAUUCAGAGUCCCGUCCUGUCGGUCAGGUGGUCCCCACUCUGGCCUUCGGUUUUCGCCGCCGUUAAAAGUGAACAGUUGGAGAUCUGGGAUCUGAACGCGUCUUUGAUGGACCCAGUCAUCGUGGAGCCUGCCGCCCAGGGCAUUAAGUUGACGUCCAUGCUUUUCGCUAAAGGGUCAGAUUGCAUCCUGGUCGGGAACUCUGUUGGACAAGUGAACUUUUACAGGAUCAGCAACCUCAGCGUCGGGCCAGGCAAAAAGGUGCCAAGUUUGGAGGAACUUGUUCAUUUCCCUACCGGUAAUUAG